AUGAGUCGCACACCUUUAUCAAUAGAAACACUUCUCCAGAAACAAAAGGAGGAAAAGGAGGCUGCUUCAAAGGUCGGCGCUCCUUCUUUGCGUAUCUGGAGUAUACUGACUUAUUGCUGCUCCUUUAACCCCAAGUUUCUGACUAAAGAGGAACGAGCCGCGCUCGCGAUAGAGCGAAGAAAGAAGGAAAUUCAAGAGGAAAAGGAGAAAGCCGAAAGAUUAAAGGCUCAACGUGAAGCGCUCGAGAGUUCUGCCGCUCUUGCAAGCGACGACACCCGCAACGAGGCAGAAGAUUUCCGUGCAAACAGCAGAGCACGAGAGAGAGAUCGAAGGGACUAUGACGGAAGAGGUUCUCGAAAUGAUGAUAGACGGAAAGAUCCGCGCGAUGACCGGUCUUCAAGGCCAUUACCGACUGGUCCACGUGCUGACAGAAGCAAGAAUCCUCCAAAUUUCACUCGCUCGGGAGAUAUGGGUCCACCUCCUGUUCCCUCAAAGCGGGACCGUCUACAGGCGAUGCACGCAAUUCGAUCACGCUACCUAGGUGUUGACAAGAAGAAAAAACCCGUCCGAAAGAUGACGGAUCGAAAGUUUGUCUUUGCGUGGUCGGCGCAGGACGAUACAUUUGCUAUGGACUCUCCAGCGGCAAUCGGUAGUCAACGACAAGGGGCUGCGGUCAUGUUUGGUCGAGGACAUCUUGCUGGGAUGGAGAACACGUACACACCCUCGUAUCCUCUGCCAGGCCGGGAUGGUCAAGAUUCGUCCACUACACUCGACUUGACACCUGCUGGAAGACGAAAGGCGCCCGUCGAUGAGCGGCAUUGGAGUGAGAAGCCGCUUAGCGAGAUGAAGGAUAGGGACUGGAGAAUCUUAAAGGCCGACUUUAGUAUUUCGGCAAGAGGUGGAAACAUUCCUUAUCCAUUGCGAAGCUGGGACGAAUCUUCCAUCCCACCACAAAUAUUGGAUGUAAUUGCACGUAUUGGCUAUGAGCAACCAACGCCUAUCCAACGACAAGCUAUCCCUAUCGGUUUGCAGAACCGUGAUUUGAUUGGUAUUGCCGAAACUGGUUCCGGCAAGACGGCGGCGUUUGUGAUUCCUAUGCUCACAUACAUCGGCCAACUGCCCCCCUUGACGGAUGAAAACAGGCAUUUGGGACCGUAUGCCCUCAUUCUCGCACCUACUCGAGAACUCGCGCAACAAAUUGAGGCGGAGACAAAGAAACUGGCUAGUCCAUUGGGGUACAAAUGUGUCUCCAUCGUUGGUGGUCGUGCUGUUGAAGAGCAAGCUUACAACCUGCGCGAAGGUGCAGAGAUCAUCAUCGCAACACCCGGUCGUCUCAAGGAUGUAAUCGACCGACACGUAGUUGUGCUUUCACAAUGCACAUACGUCGUCAUGGACGAAGCCGAUCGAAUGGUCCAUCUCGGUUUCGAGGCGGACCUGACGUUUAUCCUUGAUGCGCUCCCGACGGACCUGCUCAAGGGUGAAAAUGCGAUGGAAGUGGAUGGGAUGACUGCAAACUCAAAGGCAAGAACACGAGUGACGACCCUGUUCUCAGCCACUAUGCCACCUGCAGUUGAACGGUUGGCGCGACAAUACCUGAAAAAGGCAGCAACAAUCGCGAUUGGAGAAGUAGGACGUGCUGUGGAGACUGUGGAACAGCGCGUCGAGUUUGUCGGAAGCGAAGAAAAGAAGAAGCAGCGACUCAUCGACAUUCUAAACAACGAGGGCUUCCCCGCCCCCAUCAUUGUCUUCGUCAACCAGAAAAAGACGGCUGAUAUGGUCGCCAAAGAUCUCCAACGAGCUCGCUGGAGUGCAUCUACGCUUCAUUCAGGCAAAUCCCAAGAGCAGCGUGAGGCUGCACUUCAGCAAUUGCGCAAUGGAGAGGUCGACGUUUUGGUUGCAACAGACCUUGCGGGGCGUGGUAUCGAUGUACCAAACGUGUCGCUGGUCAUCAACUUCCAGAUGUCCAACACAAUCGAGGCAUAUAUCCAUCGUAUUGGGCGAACCGGACGUGCCGGCAAGAAUGGUGUCGCCAUCACCUUCCUUACAAAUGAUGAUGAUGAGGUCAUGUAUGAUCUUAAACAAGAGAUUAAGAAGAGUCCGAUCAGCAAAGUGCCUCCAGAGCUCGAGAGGCACGAAGCAGCACAGCAGAAAAUUACCAAGGAGAUGAAGAGGAAGCGCGACGAGGAUCAAGGAUGA